UUAGUUCCUUUCUCCCCCGAGCGCCCCUCUACACCCUCGCGACGCACAUGGCCCCCGAGAAGAACACUUCUAUUUCCAGUCUCUGCGGCUCUCCCCGCCACGGCGCCCUUUGUUGAGAGGAUAUUUUAUCAAGCAGAAAUGCAUCGAACAACUAGAAUCAAGAUCACUGAGCUAAAUCCCCACCUAAUGUGUGUGCUUUGUGGAGGGUACUUCAUUGAUGCCACAACCAUAAUAGAAUGUCUACAUUCCUUCUGUAAAACAUGUAUUGUGCGUUACUUGGAGACCAGCAAAUAUUGUCCUAUCUGUGAUGUCCAAGUUCACAAAACCAGACCACUACUGAAUAUAAGGUCAGAUAAAACUCUCCAAGAUAUUGUAUACAAAUUAGUUCCAGGGCUUUUCAAAAAUGAAAUGAAGAGAAGAAGGGAUUUUUAUGCAGCUCAUCCUUCAGCUGAUGCUGCCAAUGGCUCUAAUGAAGAUCGAGGAGAAGUUGCAGAUGAAGAUAAGAGAAUUAUAACUGAUGAUGAGAUAAUAAGCUUAUCCAUUGAAUUCUUUGACCAGAACAGAUUGGAUCGGAAAGUAAACAAAGACAAGGAGAAACCUAAGGAGGAGGUGAAUGAUAAAAGAUAUUUACGUUGCCCAGCAGCAAUGACUGUGAUGCACCUAAGAAAGUUUCUCAGAAGUAAAAUGGACAUACCUAAUACUUUCCAGAUUGAUGUCAUGUAUGAAGAGGAACCUUUAAAGGAUUACUACACACUAAUGGAUAUUGCCUACAUUUAUACCUGGAGAAGGAAUGGUCCACUUCCUUUGAAAUACAGAGUUCGACCUACUUGUAAAAGAAUGAAGAUGAGUCACCAGAGAGAUGGACUGACAAAUGCUGGAGAACUGGAAAGUGACUCUGGGAGUGACAAGGCCAACAGCCCUGCAGGAGGUGCUCCCUCCACCUCUUCCUGCCUGCCUAGCCCCAGCACUCCCGUUCAGUCUCCUCAUCCUCAGUUCCCUCACAUCUCCAGCACUAUGAAUGGAACCAGCAGCAGCCCCAGCGGUAACCACCAACCUUCCUUUGCCAAUAGACCUCGAAAAUCGUCAGUAAAUGGGUCGUCAGCAACUUCAUCUGGUUGAUACCUGAGACUCUUAAGGAAAAAAAAUUUUAAAUCCCCGAUUUAUAUAGAUAUCUUCAUGCCAUUACAGCUUUAGAGAUGCUAAUACAUGUGACUGUCGUCCAAUUUGCUUUCUUUUGUAGUGACAUUAAAUUUGGCUAUAAAAGAUGGACUAGAUGUGAUAUUCAUAUGGACGUUAAUGGAAAAGAUUGUUCCUCAAGAAUUGGUUUCUGAGAAAGGAGACAAGAUGUUUUUCUGUGUGUUAGGCAAGAUGUGAAAUGGUUUCUGUAACCAUUGUUCAGAUUUGAAAAAUUCUGCAGUGGAUAUAAACAUUGGGCCAUAGUUUGUUAAUCUCAACUAACGCCUACAUUACAUUCUCCUUGAUUGUUCUUGUUAUUAUGCUGUUUUGUGAACCUGUAGAAAACAAGUGCUUUUUAUCUUGAAAUUCAACAAACAGAAAGAAUAUGCAUAGAAUGAUGCAUUCUAUGUAGCCAUGUCACUGUGAAUAACGACUUACUGCAUAUUUAGCCAUUUUGAUUCCUGUUUGAUUUUUACUUCUCUGUUGCUACACAAAACCGAUCAAAGGAUAGUAAACUUCAGUUUUACAAUCUGUAUGCCUAAAAGCGGGUACUACCGUUUAUUUUACUGACUUGUUUAAAUGAUUCGCUUUUGUAAGAAUCAGAUGGCAUUAUGCUUGUUGUACAAUGCCAUAUUGGUAUAUGACAUAACAGGAAACAGUAUUGUAUGAUAUAUUUAUAAAUACUAUAAAGAAAAUAUUGUGUUUCAUGCAUUCAGAAAUGGUUGUUAAAAUUCUCCCAACUGGUUCGACCUUUGCAGAUACCCUAUGUUUGAGCCUUAUCAUCAUAGAACAUUUUUAAUGUGGAUCUCUAAUUCUAAAUUCUAUUCCAUUGGAAGCAAUUGGCAAAUCAUAAUACUGAUUUUCUCUAGUAAUUCAUGUUUACUUUGAAAAUUGUUGCAGUAAAGAAAAACUUUUAACUAAAGACUUUGGAAACAGUGUCUUCAUUUCCUAUUGCUUUUGAUGGAAUGAAUGUGUUUUUAAAAUGCAUAUUGAUCACUAUAAUUCUAAAACAAAUUUUUAAGUAAACCAGCAAAUUGCUGGAAGAAGGCAUUUUAUCUAAAAUUAUUUUGACAUGUGGUUUAGCAGUUACUUCAAAUUUGAGGAGUUGCUUUUACAGUUAUAAACAAUGACAUAUGCCCUCUCUCUAAAAUCUUGAAAUAGAAGCAAUUUAUUUUUAGCUUCUCCAGGUAUUAAUUUUUAAAUAGAGUGAACAUGUUGAAUUUAAAAUAUGAAUAACCACAACCGUUUUCAGUUUGUGUUUUGCUUUGGUCGAACUUGGUGUGUGUUCAUCACCCAUCAGUUAUUUGUGAGGGUGUUUAUUCUAUAUGAAUAUCGUUUCAUGUUUGUAUGGGAAAAUUGUAGCUAAACAUUUCAUUGUCCCCAGUCUGCAAAAGAAGCACAAUUCUAUUGCUUUGUCUUGCUUAUAGUCAUUAAAUCAUUACUUUUACAUAUAUUGCUGUUAUUUCUGCUUUCUUUAAAGAUACAGUAAAUGAAGUUUUAUGAAACCACAAAAUACAUAUAUUUUUAUUUUGACCUAAAUUUGUACAGUACCAUUGUAAGUGUUUCUAAUUAUAGAUGUAAAAUUAAAUUUCAUUUGUAAUUGGGAAAAUCCAAUAAAAAGGAUAUUCAUUUAGAAAAUAGCUAAGACUUUAAUAAAAAUUUGAUAUGAAAAGCACAAUGUGCAGAAGUUUUGGAAACCCUACUGUGGAUUACAACAGGUAAAACUAAAGAGAAUCCAUUGCUGUCUUAAAAUAGUGAUGUUGCUAAGAAGUCCGUGCUUUGUUGUAUAAUUGCUUGAAAGCCCAACUGAAAGAUGUAUCUGUUUAUUUACUCUACAAUCUUUGAAGUAAAAGUUACCCAUGUUUGCCAAUUUUGGUGAAUUUAACUCAUUUUUCUAGGCUUCUCAAGUUUUUCAUGAUGUUACCUAAGAAAGAAAAGUUAGUUGAUGGAAGUUUCAAAUGAUAGUUUUACUUUGGAUGAUCAUGUAUGUAUAUAAAGAAUGAAAAAAUAUUUUUCAAAGACUAAAAACUUCAAAUGCUAGUGGGGACCUGUCACUUGACUUGCACAAAACCAAGUUGUGA